AUGUCGGGGCAGUAUAUGCGCCACCUGAGCGAAAGCACCACAUGCCUGGAUGUACAAGGACUAUUCGCAGGCCUAGGGGAGUACGAUACCUGCUUUGAUGACACGAACUCUCUGGGAGUCGGGGAGGAGAACUUUGGCCUCGAGAGCUGGAACACGGCGUCCAGCAAGCCCGCGAUCGUCAACCGUUCACAGUGCACUUCGGAGUGUAACCCUCAAUUCCCGCGCGCGACGAACGACCAGGCGACGAUCAGCUCCAACACCAACACCGCCUUUCCAGCAUACGACUUUGACUAUGCGAUAGCUUAUCCGCAUAGGAUAGACGAAUUCGCGAACGCUACACCGCCCUUCACAUACCCGCAGUCGCUUACUGGAGACAUCACAGACGCCGGCUUUGAUAGUAUCAAUCAACAAAUCCGGAGACGUCCGCAGCUGGGCUUCGACGAGAGGAGCUACGGACAGUUUGCAUUCAGAUCAUCUUCUCGUCUCCAGAAGCCUCGGAAUAACAUUGCACCUCCGGGGUUCACUGUUCCGCACGAUUCAGCUGAACCCUUCCUCUCUCUAGAUCGGCUCUACAGCGCACAGUCUCGACUUCUCCCCGGUCUGAAGGGCGCACCGGUGCCAGAUAUGGCAUUCCAUGCGCCUGGUAUGGCCAUAUCUGCAAAGACUGAGGAAGUACUUCGACGAGCUGUACCAGAGUACAAGGCUGGGGCCCCUUCGUUGGCGGAUAAAUCUAUGUUAUCUGGAGAUAAUUCUCGGAGUGGAGAUGAUCUCUUUGAUGAGCCCUCGUCCCCUAUCUAA